AUAACAAAUGCUGGCUUUGCUGGCGGUGAUGUCCACCGGGAUGUGUUCCUCUCCAUUGUAGGGCACCCCCAACCCCAGGGUGUGAUGGUGGGCAUGGGCCAGAAGGACUCCUACAUGGGUGACAAGGCCCAGAGAAAGUGCGGCAUCCUGACCCUGAAGUACCCUCCUGAGCAUGGCACUUUCACCAACUGGGAUGACAUGGAGAAGGUCUGGCACCACACCUCCUCCAGCAAGUUGCGUGUGGCUGCUGAGGAGCACUCAGUGUUGCUAACAGAGGCUCCCUUGAAGAUGACUCAGCUCAUGUUUGAAACCCUCCACACCAUGCCCAUGUACAUGGCUAUCCAGGAUGUGCUGUCCCUGUAUGUCUCUGGGUGCACCACUGGUAUUGUCAUGGACUCUGGCAAUGAGUACACACACACUGUGUUAAAUCUAAAGACUACAGGUUAA